AUGGGGGCUAGGCAGUCCAAGGGCCCCGAGGCUGGGCCUGGGCCACUCCUGGGGGUUUGGAGACGAGCUCAGGGUUCUAUACUGCUCCGCUCGUCCGAGCGCCCAGAGAACCCAGGGGUACCUGCUCCAUACCGCCGUCGCGUUGGCAUGAUUCAGGAUAUGCUGCUGAAGGCGAAGGAGGGGAGACAAGAGGAGGCCAGUGAGCUGCUGAAAAGUCUGAGACAGGAUUUAGGUAUGGAGUCGACGUCUCUGGACGAUGUGCUGUACCGAUAUGCCAGCUUCCGCAAUAUGGUGGACCCCAUCACCCAUGACCUCAUCAUCAGCCUUGCUCGCUAUGUGCAAUGUCCAAAAACGGAGGGCGAGUCUCUGAGUGCCAUGGAGAAGGUGUGUCGCCAGCUGACGUACCACCUGAGUCCUCAUCCACGCUGGAGGCGACAGGGCCUUCUGAAGGGAAAACCCCAGGCAAGCCUAAAGGCAGUUCUCUCCGUGUCGCCGGAUGGCACCGUGGAUUUAUCCGGGCUCCCUCUUUCACGCCGUGACGCUGAACGCCUGGCGAUCCACCUUCAGCGUAACUCUGCCCGUGUCCGUUGCGUCGAGCUGGGUUUCACCGAGCUCACAGAUGAUACAUUGCUGAUGUUGCUGCCCACCUUAUCCUCUCUGCCUGCUCUGGAGAGUCUCUCUCUUAAUGGCAACCGGCUGACCCGUGGAGUCCUGCGUCAGCUCACAGACGCCCUCAAGGACCCGAGAAGCUUCCCUGCUCUGGCGUGGGUCGACCUGGGUAACAACGUGGACAUCUUUUCUUUGCCUCAGGCUUUUCUACUGAGCCUGCGUAAGCGCUGUCCGAAACAGGGUAACUUACCCACCAUACAGGAGCAGCCAGAACAGGUGGGUGGGGCAGGGGGUGGGGCAUCUGGGACUGUAGGAUUAGAGGAGGUCGGAGAAGAUUCAGACUAAUUUCCUGGUGUUAGGCUAUGACGGUGGUGGGUGGCAGUUGAUGAACCAUCAAGCGAUGAGGAUCAGGAUGCGGAUUGCAAUGUUUCCGUUUGUGGGCGGAGUCAUAUUAUUAAUGGACUUCAUUUUAGGAUGAUGUGUGCGUUCUCAUUCAUUCGGGCACAGAUGGAGGAAUUUACGCAUGACUCGUGUCCAUACUUAAAGCCUUCAGCGAAUAUAUUCCCAAUGUCAGUGCACUCCAUGGGCUCACACCCGACUCGGACCCCGGACCGUCUUUGUAGUUGUCCUGCAGUAACAAUAGGACUGGUCUGGGAAUACCUGUGUGCUUUUUGCAAGAUAUGUAUUGAGCUCAACAUGUUUGGAAGACACAAAUGUCUUCUAGAUGUACCUGUUGAUUGAAGACUGUCCUGGAUCGGAUAAACAAUUCUUCUGGACUGGACCAGCUGUGUUGGACAGGCAGUGUACUUGGGGUAGCAAUUAGAUAGCAAAAUGAACCAUUUAUUUGUAUGCAUUAUUUUCAUGACCCUCUUCAAAAAUGCACAUACUUUCACAUGUAUAUAUUCUAUAUUUAACCCCAAAACUGUUUUCUUGCCCAGUUCUUUUUACACCUCUCAGGCAUAAACAUAAACUACUGUAUAUGCCCAAAAUAACAUUUAGAAUUCAGCCACAGGUAGAGUUGGAAAUUGCUAACAACUUGUACACCUUAUACCAUCUGUUUUAUUUAAAACUACAGGACGUACUAUCUUGGAAACUCGUCCUCUCUGGUAGUAGAAUGCUAUUGCAAGCUACUUAAGGAAGAAGGGAUCAGUACCUGGGUUGUGCUGAAUUGUUGUUGUGCAUGGAAUAAUCUCAUGUGUCAAGGUAAUACGCAUUCACAAAGAAUGUAAUGCUGUAUCCAAAACAGCAUAUGCAGUCUUUUCUAGCUAAACAUUUUCACAACGGGCUAAUGAUACAAAUUCCCAGUGAGGAUAGUUCUGGGAUCGCAUGGUUAGCAUGUUUGCCUCACACGUCCCGGUUUGGGGUUUAAUUCCAUCUUAUUUUGCAUGAUUUCUCCGGGGUUUCUUCAUGUACCCUGGUUUCAUCCCCAGUCCAAAGACUUGCAUUGUAGGCAGAUUGGUAUCUCUCAUUUGUCUGAGUGUGUGAGUGAGUGUGUGAGUGAGUGUGUGAGUGAGUGUGUGAGUGAGUGAGUGUGUGAGUGAGUGUGUGAGUGAGUGUGUGAGUGAGUGUGUGAGU